GUGAACGAUCUGCAACAGAUCGCUCUGUUCCAUAGAUUCGAACUGGUAGAAAGGUAAACCGUGCAACGUCCACCCUAGCCAGCUAGUAGCCACGAGCACCUGGCCUUGCACUCUCAACGAACCAUGAGUUGCGACAAAUGCGGAAGAAGUGGAACAAAACUGAUAGAGUGCCUCGAGAGUGAUUGGACUCGCUAUACGAAGAGCCGUCUAGUCUCUGAUCUCGAACGUAGAAGUCUGCUUUGUGGCCAAUGCUUGCUAGGCAAAUCUAUCCCGGUGUAUCGACCAUCAUUGUCGAAGUUUCAGAUUGGUUCUGUUCAAGGAUUCAAUUGGCAAACCAAAGAACAUCGAGUGUUGUUUGAUGCAAAUGAUGAAGAGACAUUGGUCGUUUCGUCGACGCCGUUUGCGGAUUGCGCCCGCAGCCACCAACCCACUUGCAAAGACACAACAAAGGAAGAGGACAAGGAUGAUGAAGUUCCGCCUAUUGUGGAUGCAGUUCAGGGCGCAGGGGCGCUUUUGUCUCCAGGCCGCCCCGGCGUCGACGAUGAAGACGGGGGCCUUAUCUUUCGUAACGGGCAAUUUUCUUUUGUGAAGUCCGAAGACGACAGUGCCUCGUUUGAUCCGACGCACGAGAAAACAGGUUUCGAGAACAUUUUUGGGGACACUCCAGUUGCGGACCCGCACGACGACUCAGAGAUGCAACAAAGCACUACUGCGAAGGAUAGCCCGAGUGGUCAAUUGAGUGAACCCGACAAGACUGGUGACUCGUUUUGCUCGUCUAUGACCGGAGGGAAGCCCUAUUUUCCUCACACUGAAAGUCCACAUGGCUAUUCUCCCAAGGUUAGUCCACGACACUGGAGUUCGGAGGAAGACCAGACUCUCCUCGAUUCGAUCAAUGCAUUUGGCUUGAAAGAGCUAAAGUGGGCCGUCCUGGCACAGGCUGUAGCAGGUCGCACGGGCAAGCAAUGCCGCGAGCGCUACUUGAAUCAUCUUCAGCCAAAUCUAAAAGGACAAGACAUGGGUUGGUUGCCGGCAGAGGAUGCUCUGAUCUGCCACCUCUACAAUGCUAUCGGCUCCAAGUGGUCUAUGAUAGCGAAGCUGGUGCGGGGUAGAAGUGAAAAUGCUGUCAAGAACCGUUACCAUUACAUCCGUCGCAAGCUUGACAAGCUAUUACAACUUACGCCCAAAGGCUAUACAGACCCUUCACGCGAUGAACCAAGUGCAGUGGCUGCCAAGGCGUCAAAUGCAACCGAGAAGAUGGCCCUCUUGAGUGCUGCAGUUGACGCCAUUCUUCGGGCACGAUCCAACCCUCAGGCAGUCGAUGUUUCUUCCUACGAUUGGAACUACGACUUUGAAUUCACAUUUGGACCCGGAGUUUCCAGUUCUGAUCCAUCCGACACCGCCGAAACCACGUGCCGUAGAUGCGCUCUCAUUGUUCCGUCACCGCAGACGGGACGUUCGCUGUGCCAAAUUUCACGAUGGUGUGAGAGCUGCGCUACAGCCCCGCCAUUCCUCAGCGGCGCCCAUCUUUGGAUGCUGCACAGCGCACGCAGGGAGUCCAGAUUCUCUUCCUGCACAGGUAGUUAUGCAAGCUGAGACAAAAGUUGUUUUGUUGUCUUGAAGCAACGGGAGCGUCAUUCGCAACCCCCCAUCCAUCCAACAUUAAAAACGCUGACUCAAAUCCGUGUUCAGGUAGCAAUCAUUUAAAAAAUUCAGAUCUUGAGCUGUGCGUUUGGCCGUUUCUUCCCAAAUAGACUGCUUCGGCGCCA